UAACAUCGUAGUAGGCGUGCGAACUCGACCACUAAAAUCUUUGCACCUCCUCCACCACCCAACUCAUAAAAUGUCUGCCCAACGCGUGGCGCUGUGGGCUGCCGAGCCCGAUCUCGACGACGACAUCAACGACGUGGACAUCCCCCUCACAAUUCCCCCGUACCAAAAUGCCGACUUGUACGACGAUCCAAACCUCGACGAAAGUGCUCUCCUUGCUGUGCAGGCACAGAUAGCUCAGCAGACGGCACUCGCUCAAAUACCUGAUGUCGUCAAGCGUUUCAUCAUCCACUUCCAUCAAGCUGUCCUCGACAACGACCUUCCCGAAAUAACACUCGCGUACGAGUCUGGAUGGAACCGUCUCACCGAGAAAUUCUAUGCCAGAACGGAGUGGCCAGAAGCAGAGAUAAUUGCUCCCCUUGUUAACGACGAUCAGAUUUUCCUGAUUCUCUACCGUGAGCUCUGUUAUCGCCACGUAUAUUCACGGUUGCAGCCCGACAUCGACGACCGAUUCCAUUCCUACGAAAACAGCUGCGAGUUGUUCAAUUACCUUCUCAAUUCCGAAGUUGGCCCCGUCCCUCUCUCACUUCCGGCGCAGUGGUUGUGGGACAUCGUCGACGAAUUUAUCUAUCAGUUCCAGUCUUUUGCACUUUACCGCUCUCGUCCUGCCAACAAAACCGAUGAGGAGCUGGCCAUGCUUGGCUCAGAAGGCGGAGCCCAGGCAUGGAGUAGCUACAGUGUGCUCAACGUCCUUUAUUCGCUGAUCCAAAAAAGUCGCGUCAACGAGUGGCUAAAAGCGCGCGCAGAGGGGAAGAGUGACGAAGAAAUCGACGAAAUCGUUGGCGAAUAUGGAACGAAGCCAUUGUACCGCCAGCUCGGUUACUUCUCGCUUAUUGGCCUCCUCCGCGUCCAUGUCCUGCUAGGCGAUUUCACUCUCGCCUUAAAGGUUAUGGACAACGCAGGUCUCGGACUGUGUGCUGGCGAAAAAGUACCCUUUACGGCGCCUACAGCAACGCAUGUGAGCACGGCAUACCACGCUGGAGUGUGCUACUUGAUGUUGAGAAGAUUCACGGAUGCUGCAAGGGUGUUUACUGGUUGCCUCAACUGGGUGAUGAGGGCGAGGCAAUACCAUACGAGAAGUUACCAGUAUGAUCAGAUCAACAAAACGGCAGACCGCAUGUACGCCUUACUUGCCCUCUGCCAGACCCUCGCUCCUACUCGUCUGGAUGACAACGUGAUCAACGUCGUGAAGGAGAGAUAUGGGGAGCAAAUGACACGCAUGGGUCGGGGUGAGGAAGGACUCGGCACGUUUGAGGAGAUUUUCCUCUAUGCCUGUCCAAAAUUCAUUACCGCAAAUCCUCCGCCAUAUAAUGACCCCAACACACUUGCUCUUUUGAUCAACCCACCAACACCCUCCUCCCCAUCCUCUCCAACGCCUACUUCGGGCACACCUACAAUAACGGACCCAACUCAACGCCAUCUCCGUGCACUUUCUGCACAUUUCUUGGCAUUAAGCCCUGUUCCUACCCUUCGCAGUCUCCUCAAACUAUACACCUCGUUGGACGCUCGUAAAUUGGCCGGGUUCCUCGACGCUGGCGUUGAUGAGGAAGAGGUCUUGAGUUGGAUGAUGGUAAUGAAGAACGCCGGGCGAUGCGUUGGCCGAGUCCGAGGUGCCGCUGGUGCUGACAAGGAUGAGAAAAACGGUGCUUCUACUGCCAACGGAAGCAGCGCAGGUAGCAGUCUUCUUGACGGGGAAUGGAUGUCGAUCAGCGACUUGAACUUCGUCAUCGAUGAGAACAUGAUUCAUAUAGCGGAGUCUACUGUUGGGAGGAGGUACGCCGGAUGGUUCAUUCGCAACUCAGAGCAUGCGGCACGGGUAUUCGAUGGUCUUCGUGCAUCCCCAUUGCCCGGAUCUUUACCUGGCGCAAAAACACAAGGGAAAGGCGGGGAAUCAAAGGGUGAUACUUCCAAGGACACAGCCCCAAGGACAAGUGGGCAAAAGGUAGCGUGGUCAAAAGUCGUUUAACCUGGGAGGUGGAGUACUUCUGUAGCAUGUUUCUUUUGUGUCGAGUCACCCUAAACAUGUGUAUGU